AAGACAGUAGAAUAUCGCAGGUAUAUAAGAACACGAGCUUCCAAAACCGCGCCUAAAUCUCAAAAUUCAGAAGCUACGACAAUGUGAAGUUUCUCCCGACUCUGAUUUGCGUCUGGAAUUCGCAAAAUGUUUUCAUUUGCAGCUAUCAACGAUACGGAUUCGCGGAAUAGCUGGCAGCCGUUAGCUCCGACGAAAGAAGCGCAGGAAUUUCAUUUAUCUCAGCUGUAUCAUGAUGGACUUUUGAGAUUACAAGCUAAGGACUAUGGAAAAGCUCAGGAACUUUUAGAGUCAGUAUUGAAAGAUCCAUUGGUAUCAAAUGCGCAGGAGGAAAACACUACAAGUGAUGGUCAUCUUUUACAGCUCAGAUUUUUAGCAUUGAAAAACCUUGCGGCAGUUUUUCUUGAACAAGGCCCCUCCUAUUAUGAGAAUGCUUUGCAUUGCUAUCUUCAAGCUGUAGAUAUUGAUAGUAAAGAUUCUGUUAUCUGGAACCAAUUAGGGACAUUAUCUUGCUCGAUGGGAUCAUUAAGCAUUUCCCGUUGGGCUUUUGAGCAAGGGCUGCUCUGCAGCCCUAGUAACUGGAAUUGCAUGGAGAAGCUCCUGGAAAUUCUAAUUGCAAUUGGUGAUGAAGUGGCCUGUCUUUCUGUUGCAGAACUGAUAUUAAGGCAUUGGCCAUCUCACUUGCGUGCUUUGCAUGUCAAAAGUACCAUUGAGGACUCUGAACCAGUUCCAUUUACUCCGCGAGGUAUAGAUAAACUAGAACCACAACAUAUACGCCUGAAAUUUCCAGACAAGAGAAAAGCAAUGGACGAGGACUCGGAUAGGACAACAACUGCUAAAAAGUUGAAGCAAACUAUUGAAGUUCAACUUGCGGAGGUGUCCUGGAUAUCUCUUGUUAGUGAGCUACUGGAAAUUUUACACUCACUGUCUUCACAUGGCUUUGAACCUGAAACUGAGAACUGUAUACCCAGGGAUGCUAGAUUAACCAUACAUUUGCCUCCUGCCUCUAAAUCAACUGGUUCCCUUGAAAAUAAAGGACUAACAAACAUGCCAGCUGGUGCAGGCAUGUGUGAUCGUAACUCUGUAAAUGAGAAGGAAGGAGCCAUACUUGAGGAACAACCUCAAGAGAGAAGAAGCAGUAGGCUUAGGAGUCGUAAACCAGGCAAAGAGGAGUCAGAUUUUUCCACCAAUAAAGAUGUAGCUAAAAUUGUGCAGCAAUUUCUGCUGCCUUAUUUGCACAAUUCCAAUCUGUCUUCUCAUAGUGCUGAUGCAGUGGCUGAUUCAUUAGACUCAGAAUCAACAGAUGUUAUUGAAUUUAUACAGAAUUCUUCAAAUAAUCAUGGCGCUUACCAUAUAGGUCACUUGCUUUUAGAGAAAAUUGCAAAUAGAAUUGUUUUAAAUCAUGAUAAUGUCGCAAAAAUUUUGGACUUGGAGAAGGUUACUAGGCACUGGGGUAAGGAAAGAACCCCCGAAUGUAGUCUGUUUCUAGCUGAGCUAUAUUAUGACUCUGGGUUACAGUCUUUUGAGACAUCUACUACUUGCAGUUCCAUGUCAGAGGCAUCCUACCAUCUUUGUAAGAUUAUAGAAUCUGUAGCUCUGGAACAUCCUUUCAAUAUCACUGGAAUGGAUGGGAAAAUUGAUUGCCCUAUGGCUGACACUUAUGAACAUAAACAGCAGUUUUCAGUGGAAAACACGACUUUGUUGAGAAGCAACCAUUGCUUCUGGGUGCGUUUUUUCUGGUUAAGUGCACGCUUGUCUCUAUUAGAAGGUGACAAAGAAAAAUCGCAGAAGGAACUUUCUGUUGUAUUGGCCCUUUUUCUGGACAGGGACAAAAUAAACAGUACUACUGGUCCAAUAUGCUUGCCACACUGCAAAGUUAUUAAAAAACUGACAGUUGAUAUGGUCCUUCAUGAAAUAAAUAUGAUCGAGGUUGAUUACUUGUUGAAAAAGUCUGCCCAUGAGAUGCUUGAGAAAGGCAUGCAUGAAGAGUGUAUUAAUACACUUGCUCCUCUCUUAUUAUCGACAAAGGAUGUCCAUUUUGAUCAGUCAUAUGACUGGGAAAAUGAAGGGAAAGGAAAUAACUCAGUUGAGCUUUCUGCAUUAGAUGUUCUACUCAAAUCAUGUGAACUGGCAGAAACGCUGGAUGUUGAUGUCUAUAUGAAUUGUCAUAAAAGGAAACUCCAAAUACUAUUAGCUGGAGCUGGUCUUGCUGGCAGUUCUCCUGAAAACGCACCAGAUUUAAAUACAUUUUUGUUCUCUAACAAUCAGCCUAAAGAAACCCUAUGGAAGCAGUGGAUUAAUUUAGUUACCAAAGAAGUGGAGGCCAUUUCUCAAUCUGCAUCAAGAAUCAAGAGCAUCAUAACCCAGGAUGAGAAUUCUAAAAAUAUUCCUGCAGCAGUUAUAGGUGAUAUCCAGUCUUUGUUAGUUAUGGCUAUGUGCAACAUUGCUAAUUUGUACUUCGCCAAAAAGUCGUCUGUUCCGGAAUCAACUGAGCAAAAUGAACAGUGUUAUUUUGUGGAUGCUGCUAUUGCUUUCUGCAAACUGCAGCAAUUGAACCUCAAUCUUCCAAUCAAAUCUCAGGCUGAGUUGAUUGUGGCAGUUCAUGAUAUGCUUGCAGAGUUUGGAAUCUGCUGUUCACAAGGAAAUGGUGAAGAACAAGAUGGGACAUUCUUAAAACUUGCAAUUAAGCAUCUUUUGGCCUUAGAUAUGAAGCUCAAAUCUAAUAGUAACCAUCUAAAUAAGGGACAUGAAACAACUUUUGAUCAGACUUUAAAAAAUGAUCACCUCAAAACUUCCGAACCAGUAUCUCCAAAUGAAUCACGUUCCAGUAUGCUCAAUGUGGCUGCGAACACAACUGAUGAGGAUGAAUCUAAUUCUUUAGGAAAAGAUGCUGACGAAGUUCCCAGUUUGGAUAGCAUUUCUUCUCACUUAGAUAAAGAGAAACCAGGGGAGAAAUGUGAUUGUCAGCCUGAAAACAUGCGCACUAAUGGAGAAAUGGAGAACAGUCAAAUUAUUGAGGGCGGGAAUGAGCUAACUGAAGAUGAACGAGAGGAACUUGAGCUAACAAUUGACAAUGCUCUGGAUCAAUGUUUUUACUGUCUGUAUGGUUUAAAUUUGAGAUCAGAUUCAUCUUGCAAUGAGGAUUUGGUCAAGCAUAAAAACACAAGCCAGGGGGAUUAUCAGACUAAGGAGCAGUGCGCUGAGGUUUUCCAACAUAUACUUCCAUAUGCAAAAGCUUCAUCUAGAACUGGGUUGACUAAACUUCGGAGGGUUCUAAGAGCCAUACGCAAACAUUUCCCUCUGCCGCCUGACAAUGUUAUGGCUGGAAAUGCAAUUGACAGGUUCUUAGACAAUUCUGAAAUAUGCGAGGAUAAACUUUCAGAGAUGGCUGGUUCUAAAGGGUUCCUGGACACCAUGAUGAAGGUCAUGUAUUCACAGAAUGAACCCUUCAAUCAGCACAACUCAUCAGUGGAAAGCUCUGACCCGUACCUAGAAGUUUAUUGCAAUUUGUAUUACCUUCUUGGACAGUCUGAGGAAAUGAGUGCAAGUGAUAAGUGGGCUGGUUUUGUUCUAACUAAAGAAGGGGAAGAAUUUGUAGAGCAUAAUGCAAAACUCUUCAAAUAUGAUUUAUUGUACAAUCCUAUGCGCUUUGAAAGUUGGCAGAGGCUUGCAAAUAUAUAUGAUGAAGAGGUGGAUCUGCUGCUGAAUGAUGGCAGCAAGCAAAUCAAUGUUUUAGGGUGGAGGAAAAACGAUACUCUGCCGAAGAGAGUUGAGGCAAGUAGAAGGAGGAGCAGGCGAUGCUUAUUGAUGACAUUGGCUUUGGCAAAGGACGCAAUCCAACAGGGUGAGAUACACGAGUUAUUGGCCUUGGUGUACUAUGAUGGCCUCCAGAAUGUGGUACCAUUUUAUGAUCAAAGAUCUGUUGUACCCCUAAAAGAUACAGCAUGGGAGAUGUUCUGCCAGAACUCCAUGAGUCAUUUCAAGAAAGCCUUUAAACACAAGGAAGAUUGGUCUCAUGCAUUUUAUGUUGGGAAGCUCUGUGAGAAACUUGGGUACUCUCUUGAUGAAUCCCUCUCGUACUACGCCCAGGCUAUUGCCUUGAAUCCAUCAGCUGUAGAUCCAUUCUACAGGAUGCACGCAUCACGGCUAAAAUUACUCUUCAAAAGUGGGAAGCGAAAUGAAGAAGUUCUAAAGGUUGUUGCUGCACAUGCCUUUUCUCAAUCAGCCAAGGAAGCUGUGACUAAUAUUUUUGGAGUAUUUACUAGUGAAAGUCCAGAGUCAUCAGAGAAUGUCAAGGAUGGAAUAUCCAAUAGCAAUUCUGAGGGGGUAGACUUCCAUAAAUUGGAGCAGGUGUGGAAUCUUCUCUACAGCGAUUGCCUUUCUGCCCUUGAAACUUGCUUUGAAGGAGACCUUAAGCAUUUUCAUAAAGCAAGAUAUGUGCUUGCUCAAGGGCUGCACCGAAGAUGUGGAGCUGGAGAUCUAGAGAAAGCAAAAGAGGAACUUUCUUUCUGCUUUAAAUCGUCUCGUUCAUCAUUCACAAUAAAUAUGUGGGAGAUUGACAGCACCGUCAAGAAAGGAAGACGCAAAACUCCAGGUCCCACUGGGAACAGGCGAAUUCUUGAAGUUAACUUAGCUGAAAGUUCCCGUAAAUUCAUAACAUGCAUCAGGAAGUACAUCUUAUUCUAUUUGAAGUUGUUGGAGGAGACUGGAGACAUCACUACGCUUGAACGGGCUUAUAUCUCUCUGCGAGCAGAUAAACGGUUCUCCUUGUGCCUUGAAGAUCUUGUGCCAGUGGCUCUUGGGAGGUACAUUAGGGCCCUAAUUAUAUCUAUAUCUCAAGCUGGUACUGACUCCUCCACAGCUACCGAGCAUGUCGCAAAUUCACUGGAGAAAAUAUUCAAUUUGUUCCUGGAGCAGGUCAACUUGUGGUCAGAUAUUUGCAGUCUUGCUGAGCUCAAGAGCCCAGAAUUGACAGAAAGCAGCCUCUUUGGAUAUGUCUAUCAAUAUAUACAGCUACUGGAGAGAAAUAUUAAGGUAGAAACACUUGAAGGAAUAAAUGAGAAGAUCCGGAAGCGUCUGAAGAACCCAAAAUUGUCUAAUAGUAACUGUGCUAGAGUAUAUAGGCAUGUCUCUGCUGCCUGGUGUAGAUCUCUUGUUAUUAGCAUGGCUCUGAUUACACCACUGCAUUCAAGACCCUCGACGGAUAUUCGAGGUGUGAACUUAUUGGGUGGUACGGAGAGCGAUCAGCUGCUAUGUGUUGAUCUGCAAACAGAGGAGUUAUGGAGUUCAGCAUUCGAGGAUCCGAAUCAUCUUAUGACUCUUGAAACCAAAUGGAAUCCCUCGUUGUCUAAGAUCAAGAAUGUUAUAGUCAAGCGAGUUUCAGAUGAAGAUUUGGAAACUGCAUCCACACUGCUCAGAUCGUCGUACAACUUCUACAAGGACACCUCCUGCGCGUUGCUUCCAUCUGGUAUAAACCUGUAUAUGGUGCCCGCUCAGCUAGCUACAGAAACUUAUGUCCAGCCUGGCAUCGACGGGCUUGACAUACUAGACAUGAAUACUUCGCGGAAGCUUCUCUUAUGGGCUUACUCACUCUUGCACGGCCAUUGCAUAAAUGUCUCACAUGUUAUCAAGUACUGCGAAGAGAAUGCAAAGUCGAGGAUUAAGAAAGCUAUUGGAGGCUCGGCAACCCCUUCAACCACCCCCGCAACACCUGCCGUUGCUUCUCAUCCAGGUGGAGCUAAAGACGGGAUUGGCAGAGCCAACGAACCAGAAAUUCACACACCAUUGCCUGAAACCCACGACAGUCAUAAAUUGGCAUCAUCCACUUUGCCAGAGACCGAGAAUACACCCAAGGGCGCAUCCACUUCGUCUGAGCAUGAGAACAUGGAGAGUUUGGCUGGAGCAGAGGACAAGCUCGCCAUCACAGCCGGCUCUGUGCCCUCUGCAUCUUCAUCGCCUCGAGGGGAACUGAAUAGCAUGAAGGAUACAUCAAAAUCUUAGUUUCAUUCCGUUCAUCAUGGUAAUUCGCAUAUACUUUAUAGGGUGUCUCGUGAUCAAAGUACUUGUAUUAUUUGUAUAUAAAUAUCAGAGUUACUUCUUGUAGAUUUACAUAUACAUAUACGAAUAUUAAUCUUCCAGGUAGCAAUUAAUAUCUUAUCUAGGGGAGAGGAUUUAUGGAGCUUA